AUGCUCCAGAAGCUCCGGCCUGCCCUGUCUCCCACUGACCAUCUCUUCGUGGGGACCGAUCGCUUCAUGUACUUCACCCUCUCGUGGGAUUCUGACAAGAAGCAACUACAGACGGAGAAGUCAUUCGCUAGUGUCGCUGACAAUGCCGCCCGUGAGUCGCAAACAGGCGAACGAUGUCAUGUUGAUCCUACCGGUCGCUUCAUGACCGUCGAGGUGUAUGAGGGAAUCAUGACAGUCAUACCACUCGUGCAAAGAGGGAAAAAGAGGAAGCAGGAACCAGACAUAGCUCAUCUCGGAGAGCCCCAGCCUGUCAGGUUGUCAGAGAUGUUUGUUCGCUCGUCUGCAUUUCUGCGGCCACGCUCCUUUGAUGACAAGCCCAAGAUUGCUCUCCUAUACGAAGAUUCCCACUCUCAGGUCAAAUUAAAGCUCCGGGAGCUCACGUUUGCUGGUGGUGAUGCUGUGGAAUUAGAAGAGGGCGAGACUUGCAGAGCAGAGCUUGAGCUUGGGUCCAGCCACUUGAUACCCCUUGAGGAGCCCACACAUGGCCUAAUAGUCAUAGCCGAGACAUCAAUUGGAUACUAUGACGACGAGUCUGGGGAGCUACAGACGGAACCAUUGGAAGAGGCUACAAUCUUCGUAGCUUGGGAACGCAUCGACGCCCAGCGAUUCGUACUAGCCGACGAUUAUGGUAGAUUGUACAUGUUUAUGCUCAUUCUCGAUGCAAGACACAAGGUGCGGUCAUGGAAGCUAGACAUUAUUGGAAAAACCUCCAGGGCCUCUGUCUUGGUAUACCUCGAUGCCGGAUACGUCUUCGUCGGCUCACAUCAAGGCGACUCCCAAGUGAUCAAGAUUGCAGAACGGUCCAUGGAGAUUGUCCAGACAUUUUCCAACAUCGCGCCAAUCCUUGACUUCACCAUCAUGGAUAUGGGCAACAGAUCCGGAGAAGGGCAGACGAACGAAUACUCCUCUGGCCAGGCACGCAUAGUCACUGGAAGCGGCGCAUAUCAAGAUGGCAGUCUACGUAGUGUCAGAAGUGGCGUGGGGCUAGAAGAUCUUGGUGUACUGGGCGAGAUGGAACAUAUUUCAAAUCUCUUUAGUCUCAAGUCCGACGCAACCGCCCAAUACGCAGACACCCUUCUAGUAACUUUUGUAAACGAAUCCCGCGUCUUUAAAUUCGAUCCUCAAGGCGAGGUAGAGGAGGUUGAAGAAUUUGCAUCGCUGGCUUUAGAGGAGACCACUCUGGUUGCAGCCAACAUCUCACAAGGUCGCGUAGUCCAGGUUACCAGUGGUCGCGCACGGAUCUGUGAUCUAGAUGGUGGCAUGAUUGUAUCCGAAUGGAUGCCCAUGGGCGAUCAGACUAUCACAGCGGCAUCAGCCAACGACACGCACGUCCUGAUUUCGUUGGGCGGAGUGACUGUUGUAUCUCUCAACAUGACUGACGGCCUGCAAGUUGCGCAGCAAAAGACAUUUGGUACAGAAAGCCAAGUAGCUUGCGUUGCGUUACCCUCCGACUCGAGCUCAGUAUGCUUCCUUGGAUUCUGGAUGAACUCGCAACUCGCGAUUUGUUCGCUUGAUACGCUGGAGACUAUCAAGACUGUCACGAUAUCUGAUGAGUCAGUCCCUCGUUCAUUACUACUUACUCAGGUAUUCCCAGACCAGCCCCCAACACUGUUUGCCGCUAUGGCAGACGGCAACGUUAUCACGUACACAUUUGAUCCAUCGUCAUACGAACUGUUAGGGAAGAAGAGUAUCGUCCUUGGUACACGUGAAGCUACUUUCCGUGCUUUACCUCGCGGCGACGGAAUCUACAAUGUCUUCGCAACCUGCGAACACCCCUCACUGAUCUACGCCUCAGAAGGUCGCCUUGUCUACUCCGCUGUCACAGCAGAGAAAGCCACGGCAGUUUGUCCUUUUGACUCAGAAGCCUAUCCCGGCUCCGUUGCUAUCGCCACCUCGGAAGACCUCCGCAUCGCCCUCGUAGACACAGAACGCACGACCCAUGUCCAAACCCUCAAAGUUGACGAAACAGUUCGCCGCAUUGCAUACUCACCCAGUCUCAAAGCUUUCGGCCUCGGAACCAUCAAACGCAUUCUCAAGAAUGGCGAAGAAAUCAUGCUCAGCCAUUUCAAGCUCGUCGACGAGAUCCAGUUCAAGGAACUCGACACCUACGCCCUCAACGAAGAAGAACUUGUUGAGUGUGUUAUGCGCUGCGAGCUUGCCGACGGCUCGGGCGGGCUCGCCGAACGAUUCGUCGUUGGCACGGCCUAUCUGGACGACCAAAACGCAACGGCUGAACGCGGCCGUAUACUCAUCCUUGAAGUCACGCCUGAACGCGUGCUCAAGCUCGUCACGGAGCUCGCAGUCAAAGGCGGCUGUCGAUGUCUAGCCAUGUGCGAGGGCAAGAUAGUCGCCGCGCUGAUCAAAACAAUUGUCCUCUACGACGUUGAAUUCAAAACGCAAAGUAAACCCACUCUCGUCAAAGCCGCCACCUUUCGAUGUUCAACCGCGCCAAUCGACAUCACCGUCAACGGGCCCGUCAUCACAAUCGCAGAUCUCAUGAAGUCCCUCGCGAUGGUGAAGUAUCAAAAGGGCGAAGGAGGACUACCGGACAAACUCGUCGAGCUCGCGCGUCACUACCAGGUUACGUGGGCAACGGCCGUUGCAGAAAUAGAUACAGAGACGUUUCUGGAAAGUGACGCAGAGGGCAACCUCAUGGUCUUGAGCCGCAACGUCGAAGGCGUAACCGACGACGACAAAAGACACAUGCUUAUUAGCUCUGAGAUGCUGCUCGGCGAAAUGGUGAAUAGGAUUCGAAGAAUCGAUGUUCAGACUGCCCCGGAUGCGGUGGUGAUUCCUAGGGCCUUUGUUGGCACGGUACGCAUCUCCCCCCUUCUAUCCUCUCUCCCCUCAUCAUAUCCAAAUAACCCCCCAACUAACCACCAACACACACAGGUUGAAGGCAGCAUCUACCUCUUCGGCCUCAUCGCCCCCUCCCACCUCCACCUCCUCAUGACCCUGCAAUCCAAUCUCGCCGCCCUCGUCCCCGCACCGGGCAACAUGGACUUUGCCAAAUUCCGCGCUUUCCGCAAUCAAGUCCGCCAGGAUGAGGAAGAGCCCAAGCGGUUUGUCGAUGGUGAGCUGGUGGAGCGGUUUUUGGACUUGGGGGCUGAGGCGCAGGCGAAAGCCGUGCAGGGGUUGAGGCUCGGGGAGGCAGAGCUCGAUGUUGAGGCGGUUAGGGGGUUGGUGGAGGGUUUGAGGCGGUUGCAUUAG